GUUAGGGUGUUGCGAUCAAGGGAUAUUUCGUGAAACUUGGAGAAGUUUGGGCAAGAUUAUUGUGGGAUGCUCCGUGGAUUCUUUUGAAAAUGGGUAAUUCACUAGCUCCACAUUUAGAAAGUGCACAGAAGACGGGAGUGUGCUCUCUCUGCGGUAAAGGAUUAUCCGAGGUACCUCCUCAACUUUUACGAUUAGGAACAUCUCUGAGAACUUUGGAUAUCUCCAACAACAAGCUUAAAGUGCUGCCAGCUGCUUUUGGAGGUUUUACAUCCCUAAAGAGUCUUACACUAACAUCAAAUCAUAUUGGGGUCUUACCAUCAGAACUCUCUCAGCUAAAGAAGCUUGAGGUCUUAAUUCUUAACAAGAACAGCCUCAAGGUCCUUCCUACCGGCCUCUUUACAAGUCUUAGCCACCUUAAAACUCUGUCACUCGCGUCAAAUCAACUGACUGCUUUUCCUGAGGGCCUUGGUACCUCAAGACAUCUGGAUGUUGUUGAUUUGUCUGAUAACAAAAUUCGUACACUCCCAGAGUCAGUCAGUGAGUUGCAAGUUGUAGAGCUGAAUAUGAACAAAAAUCAAGUUGCUUCGAUUCCAGUAUGCCUUUCAAGAUGUCCGAGACUGAAAGUGCUAAGACUAGAGGAAAAUUGCUUGGCAUUAGAGGCGAUUACACCCCAACUCUUGAAGGAAUCACAGAUUUCACUGCUCGCUGUGGAUGGCAACCUGUUUGAUGCAAAACAAAUGCGAGAAGCUGAGGGUUAUGAGCAGGUAUUCUGCAAUGAGUUGAUAAGGAGAAUAUCAACCAGCUGCAUAGGCCUGCAAUGCGUGUGAACUGCUGCAUAGCUCUUUGUACUCA